AUGUUCCGAACUCCUUACUACGAAGGAUGGGAGGAGGAUAUCAUCUGGCAGUUAGCGGAGCUCUUCGAGUCUGCGAUUGGAGCUCCAAAGAUCCUCGACGCCCGGCGAGCUCUUGCAAGUUACCCACCUGUCCAGAUCAUCUACGCGACGCCUCGAUUCUCCCAGUGCCGAGACCUCGUGGACUGGAACAGCGUGCGUCCAGAGCUGAUGCACCUCUUUGAGAACCACGGAGAUGUUUACCUCGAGUUCGGUGGGCACGACGAGUAUCGAAACACCUGGUUCCAUUGCUUGAGGGGUUCAGAAACAGUUGGCAGCCAUAUUUCUCGUCACUGGGUCUUCACAGCCAAGAAGCAGGCUGUAAAGUCUAUGGCAGAUGGGACGGGCAAACGCAAUCCAUUGUAG